AUUGCUAGUGUAGUGUGUAGUGCGUUAGUAGGGUUCAAGCUAUGAGACAGUGAAGAUAUUGUAUGAAUUAACAAUGCUGUGUGUGUUUUUGUAAAGCGUGUGUACAAUCGGCGUGACAGUUGGUGUUGAGAUUUACUUGGUAAUAUGGAUUCCAAAGCCUCUCAAUUAGUAAAUUCAAAAAAUGAGCUGUGCUGAACAUUAUCAAGACGUUUUAAAAUAUUUAGAAGAAUCUCAGAAUGAAAUUGCGAAAGUAUUCGAGAUUCCAUGUAAAAAUGAGAAUUGUGAUAAAUUCGAGAAAGAGAAAGAAGAAGAGGAAGAAACGGUUAGAGAAGACAACGAAAUUAGGCUUUUAAUAAAAUUAAAUGAAAAAAUAGAAUCGGAUGUGACGGAAUUGCUAGCGAGAAACGAAUUCCGACAGAACGACAAAUACAACGAUAGCAUUAUUAACGAAAGUAUAGUAGUACCCUGUAGUCUUCCGAAUUCUUUUUAUAAAGCGCGAUGUGUUGUACCAUUUGGAAGAUCUCGUGGAUCAUCUAAAAAUCAUCUGAUUGCAGAAAACCACCGCACCGUCCAUCACGACGUCAGUACCCAAACAUCACCAGAUUCACUCUCCCCCAGUUACACAAGUCUCACAUGGGCAUCAGAUUAUUCCUCGUCGCCGUGUUUUACCUCAGCAUCUGAAUCCGACAGCGACUGUUUUGAAGAAAUCAAUAGUCUUUCUCCAUCUCCGUCUCAAUUACCAACCUUCGUGAAAAACAUCGAAAGGAAAACAAUAUUGGGAUCGAAAUUUUCCUCUACGCCGGUGUUGAAAACUAAAUAUGAUAAGGUGAACAAGCAGUGCCGUUCACAGUCCGAUCGACACCUAGCUGAAAUUGAAGCAGCAGAAGCCUGUAAGUGGUUACGUGCAACAGGAUUUCCACAGUAUGCUCAGUUCUAUCAAGAAAAUCAGUUUCCGAUCGAUAUAUCUACAGUAUCUCAGGACCAUCCUUUAUUAGAGGCAGAUGUUUUACAUUCCCUUUUUAGACGAUUACAAAUUUUGAACAGUUGCGCUCAUCUACACCAACAGAAACUGGUCAAUACAGAUGAUUCUGAAGAAGAUGAGUGUUGCGCCUUAUCAGAUAACUGGACCUAUCAAAGUGAUAUCAAGCGAUGGUCUAGAACUAGUUACCAACCACCCCCACAACAUUCUAGUGAUAACGUUCCAAAGCAAACGUCCGUAAUAAAUAAAGAAGCUUCAAAUAGAGAUGUAGUAGUUCCAAGCAAACCAACGGCAAGUCCAAAAGAAUCUCCUGCUAAGAAAGCAAGCAUCAAAAACCGCCAGCGUAGAGAAGGGAUAGUGGUAUGUGAAAAGAACAAUUUGCUGGAUAAAAUCACCCAGUUGCAAAGCAUAAAGCUCUCCGAUAUCCGGCAUAAUUCUGAUUCGGAAGCUACGCCGAGAACAUCGAGGCGUUCCAGGACUUUGUCUCUGGAUAAGACCGAUACUUGGUCUACAUCUAAUAUUAAAAUCAAUCGAAUAUUAUGGCACGAAGGACCUGACCAUGAACUGGAUGUACCUGAAAAAGACGUCGAAUUUGAAGUCGAUGGACCUUACAUAUUCCAAUUAUGUGCUUCUCAACUGCAAGUCUUAAGAAAGUUAGCUUUAUUGAAGUUGACAUCUCAUAUGGAAAAAUAUUGUCCUGCUCACCGAACAGGAUGGAACUGGGAUCUACCCAAGUUUCUCAAAAAGAAUAAAUACCCGAUGUAUAAAGAUAAAAACAUUUUUGGAGUACCAUUGGCUAUAAUCUUUCAAAGAUCUGGAAAAUUUUUACCUUCUGAAAUAGAAGAAGCCAUGCUCUGGCUUCAAGAAAACGCCUCGGAUCAGGUAGGGAUAUUUAGGAAAUCGGGUGUUAAAUCCAGGAUCCAAAUGUUACGGAACAAAAUAGAAACAAAUUCAUUAAUUAACUACAGUGACCAACAGUGUUACGAUGUAGCCGACAUGUUGAAGCUGUACUUUCGAGAGUUACCUGAAAUCCUUCUGACUGGUAAAUUAUCCGAAACCUUCGUUUUAAUAUUUCAGUAUAUCCCACCAUUCUUGCGCAUGGAAUCGGUUAUAUGUGCGCUUCUUUUGUUACCCGAAGAACACUCCCAAGUAUUACAGGCUUUGUUAAACUUCUUGUUGACUAUAGCCAGCAAAUCAGAGCUAAACCAAAUGAAUGAAUACAAUUUGGCGAUGUGCUGGGCGCCUACACUGUUCCAUUUUUCGUCGUUUGCCAAACAAUACCAACACUUUGCAGGGGCACCUCAUCCAAAAGAACUAGCAGAAAACAGGGCCGCACAGGAAUGUUUAAUGUUCUUUUUUAAACAUUUGCAGAACUUAUUUAAGAUUCCCCAUGAUUUUAUUAACCAGUGCAACUCGAGUGAGAUGAAAGAGAUAAAACCGAAAUUACUUACUGACAUAGGAGACGAUAUAGGAGGCUGGAGAGAAUAUUUAAGAGAAUGCCAGAGUAACUUACUAAAAGAAACAAAAGAAAAAUCCCGCGGUUGGAUCCAAAUACCCACCAUUUGCCAAAGUUCAAAAAUGUAUAUUUUCUACAAAAAAGUGGCAGAUGGGUUACCGUUGAGAUUGUGGAAAAUUUCAGCAGAAAUAGAAGCACCUCCUUCAGAAGUUACGUUUAGAAUCCUUAGAGAACGUCACAUUUGGGAUCCCGAUCUGAUCUCAGCGAAAAUAAUAGCUCAGUUAGACAACCACACCGAAAUAUUUCAGUAUAUAAGGAAGAGCGUUGUACCCAUACCGAACGAAGAAUACUGUGUAAUACGAACAUGGAGGUCAGAUCUGCCCAAAGACGCUUGUAGUAUAGUAGAAACUUCCGUCGAAUAUCCCGGAACAGUGCAAAUACCAAAUACAUUUCGUGGCAUUGUAUUGGCUUCUAGGUACCUUAUUGAACCGGCUGGAUCUGGAAAAUCUAGAGUUAUUCACUUUUCCCGAGUAGACACCAUGGGAAGAAGUCCAGAGUGGUACCACAAAAAUUACGGAUAUCUCUGUGCAGUUUUCAUAAGUAAUUUACAAAACUCUUUUUACCAAAAUACAAACGGUCCAGAGAGCCAAGUAUGAAUACCAAAGAUUGUUAAAUAAUUUAUUAUUUUUACAUCACAUGACAAAAUUUCAAUUUAUAUUUUUAUAACAAAAUUUAUAAUAGUUCAAAGUAAACUAUAUACAUUAUAUAUUUUUAUAGAUGAUAAAUAAAUAUCUACUUAUUGUUA